CUCCCACCUUGUAAAUAUUUUGCCGUUUGCCUGUUGGGACCUGCAGCUGCCGGCCGCCUCUGCAUUUUUCUACUGAAUGUGUCACAAACAUGCAGGUGCUCUCCGCCCCGGCUCACGGGAGGGGGUGUUUUUUCUUGGUAAACCAAUGGCAGCUGAUGAUCCACUGCUGUGUUGCCUUCAAUGGAAGCUCAAACAAACAAAAAACAAAUCACUGAGGUUCAAUAAUCAGAGGCAGAAAAAGAAGCUUGAUGUUUGAUUUAGCCGUGUUGGGAAUUUGCAGUGGGAUAGCAGCAAAAAUAACAGGGAAAAGAAACAACUGUGGCAUCCUGUAAAGCUGAGUUUACACAGGAGUUUACGAGCAGCAUUUGAACGCAGCACCAGGUGAGGAGGGAACCAGGCUGCUCUUCACUCUGCUGUCACACUGAGCCGUGAGCCAUGGCGAGUAGAGGACUGACGGAGCAAGAGGUGUGUGACGCCUGCAAGGACGGACAUCCCAUCACGCAGGACUACAUGAUGCAGCAGUCCAUGUUGAGGGUCAAAAACCCGGCAAAAUCUCUGGACUUCUACACUCGAAUCUUGGGCAUGACGCUGCUCCAGAAAAUCGACUUCCCAUCCAUGAGGUUCACCCUUUACUUCCUGGGUUAUGAGGAAAAGUCGGAGAUCCCGUCGGACAUCAGGGAGCGGACGGCGUGGACGUUCUCCCGGAGAGCCACGAUAGAGCUCACACAUAACUGGGGAUCGGAGUCAGAUGAAAACCUGUCUUACCACAACGGGAACAAUGAACCACGAGGAUUCGGUCACAUUGGCAUCUCUGUUCCUGACGUUUACGCUGCCUGCAAAUUAUUUGAAGAACAAGGAGUGAAAUUUAUCAAGAAACCCGAUCAAGGGAAAAUGAAGGGUCUGGCCUUCAUACAGGAUCCAGACGGUUACUGGAUCGAGAUCUUGAGUCCAAACAACAUGGUCUCCAUCAUGUCCACUUAGGCAGAUUAAUGUUGCGUUUAAGUGCCUUGCAGUCGAUGUACUGUCCUGUUUCGCUGCCCAAGAAAGGGCCUGGUCAAAUGUUUUUUUUUUUUUUUGUAGGAAACACUGAAUGUGAAUACAAUGUUGCUGAGAGUCUAUGAACAGUCUGUUUGCAAGGGUCACUCUUUUUGCUAAAACUUGAAAUACUUUUACUUUGUAGUCCUGAAUGCUACAAAACACACCAGCUCUCUGUUCAUUUGUACCAUCAAAAUCACCAAACUCAUCCAUGUGUUGAUCAUCCUCUCCAGCGAGCCUCAAGAAAAGGAAGAAAUAUUUUCGGUAACAAAAAGCUGUUUGUGGUGUUUUCAUAUCGUCUCAGAAAAUUAAAAAAUGAACUGUCAUUUUAACUGUAGAGCCUGUAGCUGACACAAGCAGGUUUUGAUCUAUUUCAGGUGAGCUAAAUUCAAAAUAAGCAGAAGUUUUUGCAUUAUAUUUUGUGCAACAUAUAUCAAUUUCUGGCACAAACCUGCCAGACAUACCCACAUAACAUUUAAUAUUAUAUAGCUUUGCUGUAGAGUCACUACAAAUUCUCAUUUUCAGAUUUUUGAGAUGCUGCUCGGCAUCAACUUCUCACUAAAAGAGUUAGUAUGGAGCAGCGUGCCAAUGAUCCGCUGGGGACACUUGGAUGAUUUAAGGUCACUGCCGGUCACAUUACAGUGUCUUGUCUAAUGUUUACUUAUGCAUGCAGUUUCUAAUUCAACGUAUUAACAUUUUCAUGAUUGUCAUUUUUAAUUUUUUAUCAACAUGACAAGUUUGAACCUGGUUUGAAUUUCAGCGCUGUCUCCACUCAUAACUCUGUGAUUCCUGAUAAAAUCUGUAAGGAAGGUAGAAAGAAAGGAGGGACUAUUUUCUAGUAUAGAAUUUAACAUCAUCAUUAUCUUACGCUGCAUUUUUCAGUAUUUUAGAAGAUUCCAGAGAGUGAACAGCUGAGCCAUUCGCAGCAAAUGCUGAAACUACAGAAGAAGACUCCUCUAAGAUUUAUGUUUAUGCACAAAUGUAACCUAAACAAUACGCACAAAGUUUUAUAAAGGGAAAAAAAAAAAGUCUGGCUUUGUCGUUAAAGUGUGAGUUGCUUUAAGAGAAGUGGACACACUGCCCUGGCUGAGACGGGAUAUUGACGAAAGAGCACGACCUUCAUAACCGCAUUCCCGCAAAUACAUUCAUAUUCCAGUGAUUAAGGAUGUGAUUGUUUUUUACAC